GGGGACCCCGAGAUGCCGGUCCGCACUGAGUGCCCCCCGCCGGCCGGAGCUUCGGCCGCCUCCUCCGCGUCCCUCAUCCCGCCGCCCCCCAUCAACACCCAGCAGCCCGGCGUGGCCACCAGCCUCCUCUACAGCGGCUCCAAGUUCCGCGGCCACCAGAAGAGCAAGGGGAACUCGUACGACGUGGAGGUGGUGCUGCAGCAUGUGGAUAUGGAGAACUCUUACCUUUGUGGAUACUUGAAGAUUAAAGGCCUUACUGAGCUUCUCUUAGAUGCUGAAGGCAAUGGUUUUCCUUUAUUCACAGCAUGA